UUAGAAAAGGUUUCAUGUAUGAGUGAUCAAUCAAGUAGUACUAAUCAACAGUAAAACAUCUAUUCAUGAUAAUAUGGAGAUCCAAAUGAGAUGACUGGACAUAAAACUAAUACUGUUUUGGAGGGAAAUUUUUAAUGAAGAAAGAGAAGAACAAUAAGAAGUAGUAUAACUUCAACUGCCAAAGUUCAGGGGUUCCUUGGAGUAGCAUUAAAGCCUUUCUCUCCCUCCCUCUCUCUAGCUGUAUCAGAUCUUCAUUACUACAUUACCUUCUUCACCUUCCAAAGAUUAAAGAUUUGUACUAGGUAUAUAUCAUAACAAAAUUCUUGAAUCUAGAAUGAUAACUUAAUCAUUUUUGAGUUGAAGAAAAAUGAGUUCUAAAGUUUUUCACUUGAUGGGUUUUAUCAACUUUGUACUUGUUCUGUGUCUGAAUGCCCACCUUUUAGUUGCAGUAGAUUCUUCAGAGAAUGUUGUGCAGAGUUAUGAUAAUGCUGGUCAGAUAAAGAUGUACAGAGAUGAGUACAAUGGAGAUGGAAAAGAGAAAAACAUUGUUAAGAUAUCUGGUCAGGAUGAAAUCGAAGAAAGGAGAGAUCUUGUUUUAGAGAAGGUCAGAAAUUUACUGGGGCUAAACAGCUUCAAGACCAAAUUUCCAAGACAUGGUCCUGUUGAGCAUGGGAUGUUAUCACCUUCUCCAGCACCCACCAUUGAACCUCCAGCUCCAGUUCCACUUCCAGCUCAUAUCCAUGUGGGUCAUCAUCGUUUACACCCUCGCUUACCGUUGUCACCUCCAACCAUUUUACAUCCAGUGCACCCUGAAGUUCCAAGAAGACAUGGAGAUGAGGUUAAAGUUAAGAAAAUUGUGAUAGCUGUUGCUGUGUCAAGUGGAGCAGUUACUGUGAUUUCUGUUCUCGGAUUCCUCUUGUUCUGUUGGAAGUUUGGGAAAGGACGACGAAGAUCUGCAAAGACAAUGUCGGUUAAUGCAACCAACAGAAGCUUUAAAGGAAGAUCAAAGUGUGUAAAUUCUCCAAUCACCUCAAACAAGGUUAGUUUGGAAUUGGGACCAGAGCAUUUUUGUCUACAUUCAGUAGAACCAGCUUCAAAGGUAGAUCUUUCCCCGGUUAAACAAAAUUAUGAAACUGUGAGCAUAACAUGGAAGAGAAAACAAACUAAUACUUCCUUGGAUGAGGUGAGUGAAUCUGGCAAGGAUUCAAGGAAAUCUUUUUCAGAUAAUGACAGCUAUUCAUCUGAUAAUGUUAGCUGCUCCUCGGUUGAUGAAAUUAUUUCUGUUCAUGAAAUUAGAGAAGUAGUAACGCCAGCAAUAGAUAAUGGAAAUUGUUUAUUAGAAAAUGAAACCAUUAAGAUUGAAGCUUUAUCAUCUGAUGAUGAAUCUUUCCACUCGCUGUGCGGUUCAGAUUCAUCAAAUGUGCGGAUUUCCAAUGCUUCUGAGGGUGAUCUGAGAGACCCAUCUGAAGUUGUCUCAUCGCCGAAUUACCCAAAACGGUCAUCUCCACCAGAACAUAGUUCCAAGCUACAUUAUGCCUCGAAGAAAAAAUCAUCAACUUCACCAGUGAAACCAGUUUCAACUCCACCUUCACAUACUCGUAAUCUGCGACAAGCAACAACAUCAUCACAGGGUACCACAAUUACUUCACAACUUGUCACUCAAUCUCCACCUCAACCACCUCCUCCACCUUCACUUCUGUAUUUCUCAUCCUCUCACUCUUCAUUUAGUUCAAAGCAAAUUACUUCAACAGCAGCAUCAAAACUACCUUCCUCUUCAAAAUCAGAUUCUUCUUCAGGGUCUAACCAAAACCUAUCAUACGACUCUUCUUCAUCAGCUCAACAUAAAUCCCAGGCGGUUUUAACAAGUACACUAGGCACAGGUAGUGCAAGAAGUAUACCUCCUCCACCAUGCCCUCCUCCGCCAUUCACUAAAGGAAAGAAUAAUUCCCUUCAGCCUCCACCACCCCCACCAGGUCCACUUCCUCAAUCCUUGGCGGUUGGCAAAGAUGGGAUUCCUCUACCAAAACUGAAACCACUGCAUUGGGACAAAGUCAGAGCCACUCCUGACCGUUCUACAGUCUGGGACAACUUGAAAUCAAACUCCUUUGAAUUUGAUGAGAAGAUGAUCGAGUCGCUAUUCGGAUACAAACUACAAAAUGCACCUAAGAGUGAUGAAAAUAAGAGCAAAAGCCCCUCUCCAACAAAGCACACUCUUGAACCGAAAAGGCUGCAGAACAUAACCAUACUCUUGAAAGCUCUAAAUGCAACUGCAGAGCAAGUUUGUAAUUCACUGAAUCAAGGCAAUGGCCUGUGUAUGCAGCAAUUAGAGGCCCUAGUGAAGAUGGUCCCGACUAAAGAAGAAGAAAUAAUGCUUCUGAGCUACCAAGGGAACAUAGAUGACCUAGGGUAUGCAGAGAAGUUCAUUAAAGCAGUGCUUGAUGUACCUUUCGCGUUCUUAAGAAUAGAAGCUAUGCUUUACAGGGACACUUUCGAAGAUGAGGUGGUUCAUCUGCGAAAGUCGUUUGCAAUGUUAGAGGAGGCAUGCGAGGAACUAAGGUCGAGCAGACUCUUCUUGAAACUACUAGAAGCUGUGCUAAAAACAGGAAACAGGAUGAAUGUAGGUACAAUAAGAGGAGGUGCAAGGGCAUUCAAACUUGACGCACUUCUAAAAUUAGCAGAUGUAAAAGGAACAGAUGGGAAGACUACCUUACUUCACUUUGUUGUUCAAGAAAUGAUCCGAUCGGAAGGAAUCAAAGAGUCAGACAUUGUUAUAGCAAAAAACAAUCAGAAAAUUAAGAAAAUGGUUGAAGAAAGGGAAGAAAAUUGCAGAAGAAUGGGUCUUGAUCAUGUUUCAAGCCUGAGUGCAGAGCUCUGCAAUGUGAAGAAGACGGCAACAAUAGACUUAGAUGUUCUUGCAAGCUCUGUUUCAACCCUGUCAGAUGGAAUGGUUAACCUACAACAUUUAGUACACGAGGCUUUAUCUAUGGAUGCUCGGGAUGGGAACUUUGCCAAGUUAAUGAAGUCUUUCUUGAGUCAUGCAGAAACCAGUAUCAAAGAGCUAAAGAAAGAUGAAGAUCGAGUUUUCUUACAUGUCAGAGAAAUUACAGAGUAUUUUCAUGGAGAUGUAAGCAAAGAUGAAGCAAACCCACUUCGUAUUUUUGUGAUAGUGAGAGACUUUCUAGGUAUGUUAGAUCAAGUCUGUAAAGAGAUCAAAUCUUCAAAAUUACCUAAGAUUGCAAACACCGCCGUCACUCCAUUCCGAUGACAUACUUUCUUGAUUCAUGAUUUCAUAUUCAACUCGCUUCAUGUAAGAUACAAUGAGAGUUCUGUAACAAUUUGAAACUGCAUAAAGUGGUUGAAGGGUUUUGUUUCAAAGCAA